CUGUCUUCUUUUUCCUGUUCUCCUUUUUUUCUUUUUCUUUUUUUUACCACCUGCGUCAACAUUUGCAUUAUCUUUCUUCUGCCCUUCCCCUUUUUCUACUUCUUUGAUGCCUGGUUUUCUUGAUACCAACCGAGUGUGUAUCUCUUACUUUUUCUUUUCUUUUUUUUUUCUUUUUCUUCAUUGCUUUCUCUUUUUUUUUUUUUCGUACAGCGUGUCCUCCGUUUUAUCCCUUCUCCCGACUGCGUCUAUCACAUUACGCACCACUACCAUCAUCAUGCUAAUAAAAAAAGUUUUUCACUUUCAUUUUUUUUAUUUUUCAACAUUAGCGCCCGCGAAUUUAUGCACCAUUUUCUUUAUCAUUUCUCCCCUCUCCCGCUUCGUUCCCCGCCCCCUACAUUUUGUUUAAUCGUCCUCAAAGCUUUGCAUAUAUGUUAUUUAUCUCCUCUGGCGUGGGUUUUCGUCGUUGUAUUUUUUACGUAACCUUCUCAGCUGUUCCUUAUUUAUUCCCU